AUGGUAUGGGAGCUUGAAAACGAAGAGCUCGGUCUUCUCUGGCUGGCACAAGCGCGACUGCUGACUCAGGUAGCUGCGCUGUAUUUCGGACAGCCAAAGGCUUUCACCUACGCCCACCAUCUCGGCGCCUUGCUUGUCGCUCAAGCUCGGAGGAUGGAUCUCUUCUCAGCCGCAUAUUUUGACAAAGCUAUGCAAAGGCUACAACGCAUGAAAGACAUUGCUUCAGAUGAGGAGCGUCUGGAAAUGUGGUUGCAACUGGAGACACGUCGACGACUAGCAUUCGGUAUAUUCCGCGGCGACAGCUACACUAGUGUGUUGCUACACAGCAAACCUCUGAUCUCAAUGGAGGAGAUCGACCUUCAGCUGCGAAUGUGCGACGCUAUAUGGCGAAGCAAGAAGAUGUCCCCUAGCUUGUGCCUGCAGAUGAUAGAGCAUGACCAAACACCUAGUAGAGAACUAUGGGCUUCUGAUAUCUAUCGUAUCGCCAUGGAUAAGAACGAGCCGCUUCCACCUCUGGAUCCUGCAGGACAGGAGCUUCUCAUGUUCGGACUGCAAUACUCUAUUUGGCGCUUUUCCAAGGACCGGAAUAUGUUCACCCGUUUGUCCGGAGGUCUUGAAGGCUUUAGUAGCGAUGACUUAUCAUCUCAGGAGCUCUGGUUCGGAAAGGCUCAGCACAAGACGUCUAUCAAAAAGCGCUACCAAGUCUUCAGAGACACACUGUUUGGAUAG